GACUGCAUAAAAAGCGUAUUAUUGAUAAAUGAUGUUAACAGACACUGGUGAAUCUCCAGUCACGUUCUGUCCCGAUAAAGAGGGAGCAGCUGAACACAAGACACGCCUGGCACUACUGAUUAACUAGAGGACCUCCAUCAGUGAUGACUCCAGCAUUCCUCUCCCUCCUCUUUCUUUCGAUGGCGGUCAUUUCUCUGAAUGCACCUAUCGAUGGAGAUCAAAGUGAGAAGGAGCUACACUUUGGGAAUAUUUCACCUCGCUUGCGCAGGAAUGCAGAUCCAUGCACAUACACUCAAUGCAAGUGGCCAGGUGGACACUACGUCAUUGUGCCCUUUAAGAUCUCCGCUUCAUAUACUUCAGCAGAACAUGAAAGCAUCACCAGAGGACUGUUGUCUUUCCAUGAGUCCACCUGCAUUCGCUUUGUUCCAAAGACUUUGAAUGACAUGGAUUACCUUUACUUCUUUUCUGGAGAUAGGUGUUCAUCCAAAGUGGGCCGUCGGGGAGGGAAACAGAAAAUCUCCCUGAAAACAUCCCGCUGUUUGAACAUAUCCACUGUACAACAUGAGGUUCUCCAUGCUCUGGGCUUUCGCCACGAGCACUCCCGCUCUGACAGAGACAAGCAUGUCUACAUCCACACUGAAAACAUCAAGCCAGGACACGAACACAACUUCAAGAAGGUGCAGACUAACAACUUGGGAACUACUUAUGACUUUAAAUCCGUCAUGCAGUAUACGAAACACGCCUUCUCCAGAAACCGGAGUCCGACCAUUCUUGCUCGGUCCAGUCAUAAGCUGGACUUUGGAGAUGCCAAACAGAUGAGUGCCAACGACAUCGCCCGUGUAAACAGACUUUACAAGUGCAGUAAGUGAAAAGACCUGUAACGAUGGAAAAAACGGGACUACUGACACUGAGCUCUCAACUCGUCAUGUUCACAUCAGCAAACCAGAUCUGCUGUUUGCAAAAAUGUUACUCCAACACCAGAAAAUGUGGACUGAAGCUUGUAGCCAUCGAGUACUAAGAGCCUACCGGACAUUUUUUAAAGCCUCUAUUAGAACUUGGUAAAGACCUCUUCCUCAUCGUCAUCUGUUAUAUUUUAUGUGGGAGAAAUGUCUUCACCUUUGUCUGCACUUCAGUAUUCCUUUGAAGCUUGUGAGAUUAUAUCCUGUUUCCAUUUUGGUGCAGUUACACUUACAUCUUAUACUCACUAGUCAUUUUUAUUUUCUGAUUUAUUUUCAUAUGGUGUGUCUCUUCUCAAUAAAAAUCUAA